AUGCUCAUGAAUCUGAAAGCCUCAUCCCUCCCUCCCAGUUAUCUCGGCGACUGCGACUCAGCUCAGUUCACUGAGCAAAGCUGCGGGAGUAGAAGAUGAUGAGCAGCGGAUUGUGCAGCCUCCGCGCAUGCUGUCUCCGCCGUCCGUACUCGCCGGCAGAGCCUCUCAUUCAAACGUGCCAGCUGCCUUUCACCGCUGCUCGUCGCCUGCGCCGCUGGCGAGUCUCCGACACCAGGUGCUUCGUCUCCAGCACCGGCUCGAAGCAGAAGGUGAUAGUGAUUUCUGGUCCCACCGGCGCCGGGAAGUCCCGCCUCGCCCUCGAGCUCGCCAAGCGGCUUAAUGGCGAAAUCAUCAGCGCCGACUCAGUUCAGGUUUAUAGAGGUCUUGAUGUGGGAUCUGCAAAGCCUUCCAUAAGCGACAGAAAGGAAGUGCUGCAUCAUCUGGUUGAUAUUUUGCAUCCAUCUGAAGAGUACUCUGUUGGGCAAUUUUUUGAGGAUGCCAGGCAAGCUACUAAGGAUAUUCUUAGCACUGGAAAAGUACCCAUUGUUAGUGGUGGGACCGGUUUGUAUCUGAGAUGGUACAUAUACGGGAAGCCAGAUGUUCCAAAAGCCUCUCGUGAGAUAACAUCUCAAGUGUACUUGGAGCUUGCAGACUUGCAGGAAAGAGGUGACUGGGAUGCAGCUGUGCAGUUGGUAGUCAAAGCUGGUGAUCCAAAGGCUGAGUCUUUGGCCCCAAAUGAUUGGUAUCGUCUACGGCGCAGUCUUGAAAUUAUUAAGUCCAGCGGAGCACCUCCAUCUGCUUUUGAGGUACCUUAUGAUUCAUUCAGGCAGAAAGUUGAUUCAAGUGGGGCAGAGAGCACUCCUGAAGUCAAGUCCUCCACUGUACUUGAGGAAAUUAAAUCAAAGGAUUUGGAUUAUGAUUUUCUUUGCUUUUUCCUGUCAAGCCAGCGGCUUGAUCUCUACCGGUCUAUAGAUUUCCGAUGUGAAGAUAUGCUGUUAGGAAAUGAUAGUAUAUUGACCGAAGCAAAGUGGCUUCUUGACACCGGUCUUCAACCAAAUUCAAAUUCUGCAACUCGCGCAAUUGGUUACAGACAAGCAAUGGAGUACCUUCUAUGGUGUAAGCAACAAGGAGGGAGGACUUCACCUGGUGACUUCUUUGCUUUCUUAUCAGAGUUUCAGAAAGCAUCUAGGAAUUUCGCAAAACGACAAAUGACUUGGUUUCGUAAUGAGCAUAUAUAUCAGUGGAUUAAUGCUUCUAGACCAUUGGAUAUGGUGCUCAAGUUCAUUUCCGAUGCAUACCAUGACCAAACUGGAAAUUUGGACGUGCCCGAGCCGCUGAAGAUGAACAAAGAAAUGACCAGCCACAGAGAAGCUUCUGAACUCAAGUCUUACCGCACCAAAAACAGGCAUUUCAUCGGUCGUGAAGAUUGUUCGGAUAUUUUGGACUGGAUAAGACGAAUUCAAUGAUGAAGCACACAGCAAUAGAUGCUCAUUCUUGUUCUCGCUUGAGAUAUGGUGGCCCUUUUGGAACCGAAAAUUGGUGCGUACCUUUUGGACCUGCUGUCAAGAUUAAAGGUUCAUUUCUUGAGGCCCUUCGUGGUGACACUUCCCGGAGCUCCUUAUUUAGUUACCAUACUAACUAAAAGGCCAGCUAAUCCUUUAUUGCAGGGAAGACGCGAAGCUCCUGCUCAAACUGCAUAUCGGAGAAAGCCUUGUAGAUAGGUCAGACAUGAUUUUAUCGAUGUGAACCAUAUUCCAAGGUCCAUAUUGAAAUUGUGUUGUGUUGUCUCCGCUUGUUAUCAUCCAAAACUGAGAGCUCCAUCUCCGACCAGCUAAUUGUAUGUACAAGUAGAUGGUGUAAUAUCUCCUCUCAUCAAAAUCCAUCCACAGAUUGUUGUCAUGGCUCUGAUCUUUGGGGACCAUAAGCGAAUAAUUUGAUCUAGACAGUUGCAUUGGACAACUGCUAAUUGUUUAUCUUUUCUGUUCUUUUCCUUUAUGCCCUUUUCAUUCCCAUUGGAAGGAAUAUUCCUGAUGGAGAAGUUUAGACCUUUAUUUGAGUGAUUGCUUUUUUCUGGGGACAGAGACAGAAAAUGAUGUAUCAUUGCAAUAUCAUUCCUUUUUCUGAAAUAUAUAUACAGUGAAAAGAUGGAAGUUUAUUGGUCGGAAUUAA